ACGUGCUGCAUCCAAUUUACUUGGAAUUUUAACUGUGUUGUAUUUUAAUUAAAAGUGUUUCAUUUUAUGACUUUAAUUAUUCUGUUUAGUUAGUUCAAAAUAUGUUACUUGUGUUCAUAAGUACUUUAGGGUGUGAUUAUUAAAAGGUAAUUUAAGUGUAAUUUAAUAGUGCACAACUCGCAUCAGUCGCCAUUUUGUUGUGCUAUUUUUAGGCGACAUUUUUUUAUUGUUAUAAAAUUCUAUAAGGCUCUACCAUUAACAAAAGUUUUAAAAGAAUGUCUGAAAAUACUUCGAAAGAACCUCCAUUGCAAACUAUGAGUGGCAUGCCAACAAAUCACAACUCUUGGAUGUAUGGAGUUUAUCAACAAUACAAUGGGUAUCACGGUGGCAUGUUUCCCCCAUUUUAUAAUCACCAAUAUUUUAACCAAAUGGGAAUGGCUGGAGGGUACCAUAGUGAUGUUAAUCAAUUUCAACAAAACAAAGAUCCUAAAAGCCCGGAGUUUGGCCACUUGCAGUUUUCGAAACCACCACCUCCUUUACUAGGAAUGUCCCCACUGGACACGAGUCGCCCAUUCUUUAAUCAGUCGCCCAUUAGAUUUAAUCUCAACGGUAACAGGAAAUCGGCACCUAUUCCCCCAACAGAAAAUCCUCUUUUAAAUAAUGGUGGUCAGAAAAAACGUAAGAAGGCAAACUUAUCAGGUGAUGAAAUGGAGAUAGCGAACCCGCCAUUACCCGAUCAUCCUCCGCCGUUGCCGCCGUGCCCACCUCCCGACCUUCCCAAGCCGCCUCCACCUCCUCCUCUCGACGUUCCUCUGCCGCCGCCGUUGGCCACAGAGGAUAUUCCUGAACCUUCAGACGAACCAAAGAGCGCCAGUCCGAACGGCAGAGGAGUAGAUGACAAGCGAGAUGACAAUGAUUCAUCAAAUUUUUUGAAAUCCCCUUCUAUGCCAACGUCAGCGGGCAGUUGGCCCGACAGCUUAGAAAGGUACAUAAAGAGGUGUUACGAAAAAUGCAAAACUGCGUUUGAUCGUGACCAAAUUGAUAUAUGCUUAAAGGGUCGUAUCACUGCAGCAGCUAAUAAAGAUGAGAUUUGGACUAGAAAUUGGGAUGAGGAGCCUAUUCCCAGUGUUCACAGCGAAAGAAACAACUUGUCUGUGAAACCUGUCCGGGGAACAUUAUCGUUGUAUCAAAAGCCUGAGAACAUUCAAGAAUCAAAUAAGGUCAAGCCAACAUUGGGAGCAAGAAUAUUUAACAGCCACAAGAACUCCCCACAGAGACGGCGACGGGUACCAUCAAGAAGUCGAUCAAGAUCUAGGAGCCCAUCUAGGAAAAGACAUAGCACAUCAUCAUGUUCAAGUGAUGACAUUGAGGAUAAAAAGUCAUUUAAAAAUAAAAGUAGGCAGAAAAUUAAAGACAGACUGUCCUUGGAUCAAAAAAGGCCAGAUAAAUUCCAGAAAAAUGUUAAAAAGAAACCUUUCCAUCAAUUUAACUCUGAAGAAGUGCCUGCAAAUGCUGAGAAGCUUCUCAAAAGGGCAGAAAGAUUUGGGAAUACAGCUGUACCCACCAUAGCAAGCUCCUUGCAAGCCAACAGCAAGAAGCCUGAACCAACUCUCAAGAGACCUAUUAUUCAAGAUGCAGAAGGCGAUUAUGAGAUUAACAAUAUGCAUAUAGUGGGUACAUGCAAUGAAAUUGAGAAAUCAUUUUUACGUUUGACCAGAGCCCCAGAGGCCUGCGAGGUUCGGCCCACACAUGUAUUGAGGAGUUCGUUAAGAAAUGUAAAAGAUAGAUGGAUUGAAAAACAAGAUUACAGAUAUGCGUGUGACCAACUUAAGUCCAUUAGACAAGAUUUAACGGUACAAGGAGUUAGAGAUUGUUUCACAAUAGAGGUAUAUGAAACUCAUGCCAGGAUAGCUCUCGAAAAGGGAGAUCAUGAAGAAUUUAACCAGUGUCAGACACAACUUAAAAUGUUGUAUACUGAGUUACCACAGGGUCGAAAUAAUGCACCUGAGUUUACUGCUUACAGGAUAUUGUACUACAUAUUCACAAAAAAUACUUUAGAUCUUACAACAAUAUUUCAAUUUUUAUCAAAAGAGGAUAGAGAAAAUGAAUGCAUCAAGCAUGCCCUAAAUACAAGGUGUGCCUGGGCUACUGGGAAUUUGCACAAGUUUUUCCUGCUAUAUAAAACGGCUCCACUAAUGGCAGGAUAUCUCAUGGAUUGGUUUGUGGAGAGAGAGCGGAAGCAGUACCUGAAAUACAUCAUUAAGUCCUACAGACAAACUGUGCCGGUGGACUUCAUCGUUCGGGAGUUGGCGUUUGAAUCACAUUCUAAGGCUUUUGAAUUUUUAAAUCAGUUUCCUCUUUCGUACACUGGCUGCGAUCAAAGUGUAAUAGAUUGCAAGGCCAGCCUCCCAGCCAUUGCCAGUAUAUAACAUUUUCUGUUUGAUAGCCAUCCUGUUAUAGUAGCGUGUUGUUGUGUGGUCAUGUAAUCACCACAGUCACAGGGUCCAACAGUACAGAAGUUUCGUUGUCAACAUUCAUUUUGCUAGGCUGAAGUGGCGGCAUAAUUUUACAUACAUCACCUUGAGUUAUUCGACAGAGGAUGUUUGGUGCAGCUUGAAGAAAACCUGUUUAAUGAAGAGACUCAACAGUCAAGCUAAAAAGAGGAAUUCAAAUUGGGAGGUUAAUUGCAAUGACAAUUUAUUCAGUGCUAAAGACUUUCAGAAGACACCAUGUUAUUUUGGACAGUAAACUUUUUAGAUUAAUUUUGUAAAUAUUCGGUUUUAACAUAUUUUUGUUUCCAAUCAAUGAAUUUU